AAACAUAGGUCACGUGCCUAGAACGAGGAAAAGGAAGUAUUGAAUGAGACUUCAAGAAACCACGGCUGUUGCUAGCCACAUUUUUCUGAUUAAUCUUGAUGUUCAACAGGCUUCUGUAUAUAAAAAUAUAGACUGUAUCACGAUGAGCUGUUGUGCAUUGGGUGUCAUGUCACCCUUUCAUUUUAAGCACUAGCUAAUGUCCGCGGCGACGGGUCGAAGAUUUUAGGAAUGAAACGCCUAUGCUAGCUAUCCAACAAAUUUCUCAGAAUAUCCAGGAAGUUAUCAAACAACGAAGUUGUAUUUUUGACAGAAUGCGAUGGGGAACUGUUGGGCUUAUUGUUCUGGGAUCUUCAGAAGAGAAGCGAACAGGAUAAAACGAGGAGGCGGGUCAAAAUACUUUAGAAGCAGUACUGCUGGGGAACAUUACACAAUAGAGUUUGAAAACCUUGUUGAGAGUGAUGAGGCAGAGAGCCCACAAAGCUGUCCCAGGCCUAUCAACGAAGAUGAGAUCCUCCACCUCAAAGAGCAUCGCUAUGCUGCAAUUUCCAAUCAGCAGACCUUGAUAGACGAGAAGCUGCUAGCAGAGUUAUUGGCACAAGAGGAGAAGUUAAGGCUAGAAGAGGAGGCUAGAAAUGCUGCCCAGCGUGAGGCUGCCAGGCUGGCACGUGAUCGAAAGAUAAAGGAGCAUAAGCUUGCACAACGGACAAAAGGCAAGACGGAAGGCAAAGGUGGCGCAGCCCAUCUGAAAAAGCAUGGCUCCGGUGAAGACUUUGAUGUCUACCUACAGAAUGUGAAGGCCACGUCGGAAGCCUUCAGGAGCAGCAGGCUGUCCUCUGAGACUAACGUGAUCACUCCCAACACGGAGAGCAGCUGGGACUUCAACACCAAGACCCGCUCCACCAAUGAUGACGGAACCUCACUGGACCUGGAGUGGGAGGACGAGGAAGGGAUGAACCGGACGGUCACAGCGUGGGAGAGGUCUAAAACGGAGGAGGACAUACUCCGAGCGGCACUCCGGCCGGGCGAUAAGCAGGCGACCAGUGGUCCGGCCUCCGCUUCGGAGGACUCCAACGCCCUGGAGUGGGAGAACGACUUUGUGAGGGCGCACGCCGAGGAAAAUGCUGAGGAGCACGCAGAGGAUUCUGAAUACGAGUGCUUUGUCAACCCCAUCAUGGAUAUGGACACCCCAUCUGAGGAAACACCACCGCUAGAUAUCACCGCACCGGAGACUGAGGAGAGAUAGUCCCCAUCGCCAGGGGUACCAGAGUCAAAUCCUAGCGUUAGUCCACCAGCCCAUUGCCUCACCCAAAAGGGAAAUUGAUUUACUACUACUCAAGACUUCUGUGUCUGCUUGCUCUGAAUGUUUGUGUCAUUAACCUGGGCAUGUCUGUCAAAGAGGCUAUGUACAUACAGAUCAGAUAAAGCUGUGGACAUGCCAGAUUUUCUCGGACCCACCCGCUGUGUUAAAUAUUUGUUCUUUGGGAAUGUUUGAUGCUACACCGAACCUCAUCAGCGGUAUGUAUUCGGUUGUCCUCAUUGACUGGUAGGCCAAGUUUUUUUGAUUUGACAAUCUUCUCUUGUAUGUUAAUGAUAUAGCCUUAGUUGGACUGACAACAUUUUCUUGGAAUCACGUCACCCAGUGCAUCUUUGACACAAGUGCAAUUUGCAUAUCAAGUUGGUGUGAGUGAUUUGAAUUUGUAUUUGUGAGAGGGCUACAGUGUCUUCACACUUAAAAUGCUCCGAAAGCAUAUAGGAACAAAUAUGAUCAAAGCAUCAACUAUCACUACUUCUAUCAGUGCCUCAAUCACUAGAAAAUAAAAUGGCAAAUAAAUUGUUGACCAGUUUAUCUAGUAGUUAGCUGACAAAGAUUGUCCGUUAGCAAGUGCGUAUUUUAAUCAAAGUGGAUCUCCAAGGAUCAUAGCUUUCCAGUUCCCUGGUAUGAAACAUGUAUAGGAACUCUUGAGUGGAGUAUAUCAUAUCAUGUAGCAACUUGUCUGUACAAAGUGUACAUGCAUUGUGCUUGUAUUGAAGAAAUGCAAGUGCUGUCACUGCUAUGUUCUCUUUUCUCAUUUCCAACUAACAAGUGUGUCAUCAUGGACACGUACUACUCCACGUACUUAAUUUAUUUGAAUCAAAACGUUGUUUGUGAGUCAAAUGCAGCUCAAGGUAUGAACAGACUUGUGCGACAAACAUUCUUAUUUGUGUAGUUUUAUAUAUAUCGAAGGUUUGCUACCUCCAAUUUUUAUAAUUCCUUACUCCCUGUGUACAAACCUAAACCUGCGCAGCAUGUGACUUUUCUCUUUUUUUUUUUUUUUUUUUUUCAAUAUUUAGGAGCAAUAUGUCAUAGUGAGGGACUCCAUGCAGAAGUUGUGAAUUGUUCAUUUUACGCGUAAGACCAACUGAUUACAAGAGCACAUGGAUAAACCUGCAUCUAUUGACUAAAUGGCACUGCCAAUAAGUAUGGCGGUACACCUUGGACUCCAACUCUUCGAUCUCGCUUUUACCUAUGUUUUAGCACAAUCGUUAGACAUUUUUCAAGAAAAGAAUGUAACCCUGCUCACUGGACUUGGUCAUGUAUAUGUUUUACUUUAGUGAAGUGGUUGCCGUAAAGACACUGGGCUAAGGAAUAAUGAGGAUAGGAAUGGUUUGGAGACUACAGUAUACUCCAGGUUUAGGAGGCUUCUAGAGAUGGACCAAUGUGUGUAGCUAUCAUUUCUUUGUGUGCCCUAGCAAAUGGGUUUUUGUCUUCCCGCACAGCAAAAGGAGUCCCUCUCAGCGCACCCUUUCAAUGUGGAUUUGCUGAUGUGCCUACUUUGGAGACUAGCUUUAUUGUGCGGAACACUGCAUCUCGCCUUGUUUUUUGUCAAUUGUUGUGAUAUUUGAGUGAACAGCGAUUUUUUUUUUUUUUUUUUUUUUUUUUUUUUUUUUUUUUUUCUUCCCAUAGUGCCCCACUACCUGGGGAAUCCAAUGUGGCGCCGUUUGUUGUUUCACCGCAUUGAACUUUUAUUUAAUUAUUUGCACUGUCUAUAGCUUUACCAUCCUCGAAACAAAAGCCAUUUGCCUUUAGCAAUUAAAGUGUAAUCAUGAUUGUGGUGAAGAAUUACCACAGCUGCACAAUUGGCCCAACUUUUUCAGACAUCCCUCUAUUUGGCUGGCAUCAUAACUCAAUUUUGAAUAUAUUGUCCACAUAAAGUGUACAGACUGUAAUGAUGGGAGAGAUUGUAUUGCAGUUUUAUCUAUGCACUGUUUGACUUACUGAAACCGGUGUGUCCAAACAAUGACUGGGUUUGUUUUCUAACGGCACUGUCCAACACUUUUAACCUCUAAAAUGUUGGACAAACAAAUAAAAUGGUUUGUCAAGAAUUGGCAUGGUGUUAACGGGUUGGACACAGUACAUUACGGGUGCAAUCACAAGGAUGGAUUGAACCUCUGUGUUUUAUUCAUAUCAUUCCACUGAUUUUAAAAGUGUUUUUAUUUGUUACUGAGAAUAAUGUAAAGGAAUUUUAGAAGUGGGACAGGUUUACUGGGAAAUGGUACCGGAUGUGGUGUGACAACUUAACUUUUUCUUUGAAUCUACUGAUAUAGGACCUGAAUCCUAAUUUGAGAUCCAAGCAUGUCUAAACGCUCAGUUGGUAGAGCAUGGCGCUUGCAACGCCAGGGUUGUGGGUUCAUUCCACACGGGGGGACCAGGAUGAAUAUGUAUGAACUUUCCAAUUUGUAAUUUGUACUUUCCAACUUUCACACAUGGUUCCCAGGUUUGGAUUACACCUAUAGUCAUGAUCCCUAAUGAUUUGAAUUCUAUUGCAAACAGAAUGUAUCAACACCUGUGCCGUUCUGUUAAUACUGUAUAACAGUAUUUAGAGUUUGAGUGCAACUAAAAUAAAACCUACAAACUUCUUUUAA